UCGUUCCUUUUCCCGGCUUCUUUAUAAUCCCCAAACCAAACUCUGUCCCUUCCCAUCUUACUGUGAUGGCCCAACAAGAGUUGCCCUGCGACGGCGACGGCGUGUGCAUGAAAUGCAAGUCCAAACCAGUAGCGGAAGAAAUUUUGAGUUGCAGCACGUGCGUGACUCCGUGGCAUGUGAGUUGCUUGUCCAAAAAACUGGAAACCCUAGUUUCCGCUCUUCAGUGGGAGUGUCCCGAUUGUUCCGGCGAGGACAUGACCGGCGGCGGCGAGAGAAAUGAAUUAGUUGCUAAAAUAAAAGAGAUCGAAGGCGAUGCGGGUCUGAGUGAAAAAGAGAAGGCCAAAAGAAGACAGGAGUUGUUGAGCGGAAAAACAGUCGAAGAAGAAGAAGAUGAAAAGAAGAACGACAUUUUUGAUGUCGUCGACGAGACUUUUAAGUGCGCUUUUUGUAUGCAGCUACCUGAGCGUCCUGUCACUACACCAUGUGGCCACAAUUUCUGCCUCAAGUGUUUUCAGACAUGGAUUCGCAAAAGAAACUAUACUUGUGUCAAAUGCCGUUGCGCCAUUCCCCAUAAGAUGGCGGAUCAGCCUCGUAUUAAUUCGAGUCUUGUAUUUGCCAUUCGUAUGGCCAAGUUAUCCAAAUCAAGUGUUUCCGGAGGCCAGCAGCAGGUUUAUCAUUUUGUACAAAAUCAGAAUAAGCCAGAGAAGGCCUAUACGACAGAGCGAGCGCAAAAAGCUGGCAAGGCCAAUGCUUGCAGCGGCAAGAUAUUUGUCACUGUGCCGCCUGAUCAUUUUGGGCCUAUUCCACCUGAGAAUGAUCCUGAGAGAAACCAGGGUGUUCUUGUUGGUGAAUGUUGGGAGGAUAGAUUGGAGUGCAGACAAUGGGGUGCGCACUUACCCCACGUUGCGGGUAUUGCUGGUCAAUCCGCCUAUGGUGCACAGUCAGUUGCGCUUUCUGGAGGCUAUGUUGAUGAUGAAGACCAUGGUGAAUGGUUUCUAUACACUGGAAGUGGUGGUAGGGACCUGAGUGGCAAUAAGCGAACUAAUAAGGAGCAGUCGUUUGAUCAGAAAUUUGAAAAGAUGAAUGAGGCACUUAGAGUGAGUUGCAAAAAAGGCUACCCUGUUAGGGUCGUUAGGUCCCAUAAGGAGAAGCGCUCUUCAUAUCCUCCUGAAAAGGGGGUACGCUAUGACGGGGUUUACAGAAUAGAGAAGUGCUGGCGCAAAGUUGGAGUUCAAGGUCAUAAGGUCUGUAGAUACCUCUUUGUGAGAUGUGAUAAUGAACCUGCUCCUUGGACAAGCGAUGAGCAUGGUGACCGACCGAGACCUUUGCCUCUUAUAAAAGAGCUUGUGGAUGCAACUGACAUAACAGAUAGAAAAGAGAGUCCAUCUUGGGACUUUGAUGAAGAAGAUGGCUUCUGGAAAUGGAAGAAACCUUCACCUGAAAGCCGAAAACCAGUUCAUACCAGGGACGGUGAGGACAUGAAGAUGACAAGGAAAGUUAUAAAGAAGGCACAGAAUUCAAGUGUGAGGGAGCGACUCUUAAAAGAGUUCAGUUGUUUAAUCUGUCAGCAAGUAAUGAAUCAACCAAUUACAACACCCUGUGCACACAACUUCUGCAAGGCAUGCUUGGAGGGAGCAUUUGCUGGGAAGACUGCUAUGAGAGAGAGAAGUAAAGGUGGACGAACACUUCGAGCACAAAAGAAUAUCAUGCAAUGCCCUCGUUGCCCAACGGACAUAUCCGACUUUCUUCAACAUCCUAAGGUUAACAGUGAACUCAUGUCCGUGAUUGAAUCACUACAACGUCAGACAGAAGAGGCAGAUGGAACUGAGGAGAGUCCUGAAGCUGAAGGUGGUUGUGGUAGUAAAAGGAAGAAUCCUGACGGCUCCGUUGAAGCAAGUGGUGAGGUGAAUAAGAGGAACUGUACAGCUGAUGGAAAUGAUUCACCGUCGAGUCCUCUCAAUGUGCGGUCAUCUGAGGAUGAGCUUCAGUAAACAUACAUUUAUGUUUCCUUUGAACUUCUGGCUUGCCCAUGCUUCUUUUUGGAAUAGUUGGCCUUAUUGGAACUAACACUCAGCACUACAUUAGGCCAGUUAUUGGUUGCAUUUUUUAGAUCUCGUCAUGGAAGAUGAGCGUAUGUAUUUGAAUGUUGAGUUUAGUUUUGCAUGAGGGGUCUUCUUUGCCAACAUGAUUGGUGAUCUUCAAGAUUAAUAUUAACAUCAAAUAUAAAUUGGAAUUUCUAGCUCA